ACUGCAGAACAAGCCAUCACGAGAUGAGAGCACCAGCAGGUGUCAACGGUUCGUCUCUCUUCUCCUCCUCGUGGCUCCCUUCUGACUCUCCCUUCUGGGUCAUUCACUCCUCUCCCACCUCCCCCUUCUCCCUGCUCCCCUCCUCCCACCCUCCCUUCACCCUCCCCCCUCCCAUCACCCCCUCCUCCCUCUCCACCUGCUUCACCCACUACCUAACCACCUGGCGACCCCUCUCCCCCAUCUGGUUCGCCUCGCUCCCCUCCCCCUCCUCCCUCACGCACACCCUCGCCCACUACCCCUCUCUCUCUACGCUCGCCCUUCCCCUCGUCUCCACCACGGCCUACCCCCUCCGCCCCUCCCAUCUGCGCUCUCUGCUCGCUGCUGCUGCCGCUCUCCCUGCUCUCACCUCCCUCUCCUUGCUCCUGGAGCCCGGCUUCUCAGCCAACUGCGAGUGGGGGUAUGGACGGAAGGACUGGUUCGAGGAUGCUGGGAUGGAGAGGAAGGUGCGGCGAUGGUGGGGGGAGGCGAACGAGGAGAUGGAGAGGGGGCUGUUUGCCGUGCUGAAGAGAUGCCGGGGACUCAAGCAGCUGCACCUUCAAGGGGAGACCCUCACAGACAGACUCAAACUUCCCGACUCGCUCUUCCUCCGCUGCCCACAACUCACCGCCCUCUCCCUCCCUCUCUCCCGCCUCCCCUCCUCCCUCCUCCUCCUCUCGCGCCUCACCUCCCUCGCCCUCGCCCUCCCAGCAGACCCCAUGCCGCCCCGCCUCUCCCUCCCCUCCCCCUUCGCCCCCCUCCGCUCCCUCCGCUCGCUCUCCCUGCACGUGCCAAGCACCCUCAGCCGCUACUACCACCUCACGGAGGGCAGCAGCUGGAGCAGCGUCUCUGGCGACCUGCUACUGGGGCUGCCCUCCUGCCUCUCCUCCCUCUCCCUACACCUCCCCACCUCCACCAUGCCCUCUUCCUUCUCCUGCCUCACUUCCCUGACACGUCUCGACACCAACCUAUGCAGCGGAGUCAACAACACCGCUCCCUGCUCCCUCCACCGCGGCCUCUCUCGCCUCACUCGCCUGCACGACCUCUUUAUCGGUCGUGACAACGGAGCCUGCCUGCCCCGCCUGCCCCGUCUGCGUCGCCUGCGCGUGCAAUGCCCCGAUACAACUGUGCACGUGGCUCGGCUCAUUGCCCGUGUGGCACCAUCCCUGGAGCAGCUGGACGUUCGAGCCGACUACCUCAAUUACACCUCGGCAGAUCUUUGCACGGAUAGCUGGCGCAGAAACGGCGACGAAUGGAGGGCGCCUGUGUUUCACAAGCUCAAGGUGCUGCAGCUGGUAACGUCAGGCCCCACUUCCAAUGUGGAUAUGUCGCUCUUCCCUGCCCUCGAACACAUGGCUCUCGCUGGCAGCCGAUAUGUGUCCUGGAAGGUGGAGAGCGGCUUCUCUGCCAACCUCCGUUUCCUGCACUUGGACUGUGCAAAGAUGUCGGGGUAUGACAGUGACCCUCACCUGACGCAGCUGACGGCGCUGACCACUCUGGUGGUGGACAACGCUGACUGCCGGGACUUCCUUGCAUGCCUCUCCUGCUUCUCCUCCCUGCACACCCUCCGCCUCUCCAACAUCACCAGAGGCUGCUCCCAGCCCUAUCUCACGUGCCCACCUCUCCUCGCCACACUUCAGAUCUGUCGCUGCGACCUGCCGCACCUCCCAUCCUCACUGGUGAAAUUCUCCCGCCUCACUCGUCUCGACCUCCUCCACUGGCGCCGCUUGCACUCUCUCCCGCCUUUCCUCUCCGCCUUCACGUCGCUCCGCCAUUUCAGACUCUCCUGCGAUGGCCCCAUUCCCCAUGUGCCGGCAGACCUGAGAGAUUCUCUCAGAGGAAGGGAAUGGUACGAGCAUUCACCUUGUGAUGGUAGCUUUGACUGA